AUGACAUCCAGUGUGUCAAAAGACGCAUCCACCACCCAGGCAACAAAACUUCCAGAGAUCAGACAAGUCAACAUUCCCAGUCUUUCAAAACUCGAAAAAGACGGCUACUUCUCCUCCUGGUCUGCCCAAGUACACGCAACUCUCAAAGCCCUUGAUAUCGACAGCGUCAUAUCUAACUUGUCCCGCCCAUCAACCGAGAAUGCAAGUUACGCGAAAUGGAGAGCUUGGUCACUUAACGUCCGCUCAUGGCUUUUCGGUCAGAUGGCCAACGAUAUGGUCGACUACGUUCUCGUUUUCUACCGCAAACAAGGAGAAAAAGGCCCCCUCCCUCGAUACGCGGACGAGAUGUUCAAGUUAAUCAAGCUUGCUGCCCAUGCCUCCACGGGACUUCUCCCCCAGGCAAUCAAGUCGUUGUGGUUGAAUCGCCGCACUCAAUUUUCGUCUCCCGAGCAGUACAUCAAUCGGUGGAAUUCUGCAGUGGAACACGCUCGGUCACUCGGUCAUUCACUUACCACCUACAUGGCUGCGGAAUUCAUGUGCCUCGAGCUCGAAGAUGAGAUGCCCAUGGAGGUCGCGAAUAUUCGAGCUAAAAUGCAAGGAAACGAGUCGGAAUUAGAAGCCUCGGCUUUAUCCGAGCUUUGCCAGGACCUUCUUAAUGCGAUCAACGGGAAGAAGAGUGCCCUGCUGGAUGACGCCUUUGGCUUGUGA